CACAAACCUCUGACGCCAUCAAGCAGCGACGCCAUCAUUGAGGGACAAUUUUUUGUAUUUCCAACAUGGCGUCGGUGGAUUUCAGAGAUAACCUGCUGGGCAUCUCCUGGGUGGACAGUAGUCUGGUGCCUAAUCUGAACCCUUCAAGUGUACUGGAGUAUUUCUCUGAGAGAAGUAACCCCUUUUACGACAGAACUUGUAAUAACGAGAUGGUGAAGAUGCAGAGGCUCUCCCUGGAACACCUCAAUCAGAUGGUGGGAGUGGAGUACAUUCUUCUCCAUGCACAAGAGCCAAUUCUUUACAUUGUCCGCAAACAACAGAGGCAGUCACCCACACAAGUGAUUCCCUUGGCUGACUACUACAUCAUAAUAGGAGUGGUCUAUCAGGCACCAGAUCUUGGCACUGUCAUCAGCUCCAGAGCGCUCUCUGCUGUUCAUGGAAUCCAGUCAGCGUUUGACGAAGCCAUGUCCUACUGUCGCUACCACCCCUCCAAAGGAUACUGGUGGCACUUCAAGGACCAGGAGGAGAGAGAAAAAGCCAAGCCUAAGUCUAAAAAGAAAGAGGAGCCUGGUUCGCUGUUUCAAAGACACCGUGUGGACACACUCCUGUUGGACCUCAGGGCCAAAUUUCCACCGACUUUCUAUCAGCCAAAGCCAGGAGAGAAGCCCAUUCCAGUGGAAGUGAAGAAAGAGCCUGAACCACUCACAGAAACCGUCAAACAAGAGGAACGGGAGCAGGCCACAAAAUCGGCGGCGCCCGCACCUGCGAGCAAACCCCCUCCUGAGAAACGCGCCAGGCUGCAAUGACGGCCUUCGGAGUUCUUCUACUCUGCCCCUGCGCUGUGUUUACAGGGUGAUGAACUGUGUCAGUAAAUGGGUUAUACUUGUAUAGCGCUUUUCUACCUUCAAGGUACUCAAAGCGCUUUGACACUACUUCCACAUUCAUCCAAUCACGCACACAUUCACACACUUGCACGCUGCAAAAUGAAAUCAUAAUGACGUGGUCCCAGGUGGAAUGUCAGCAAGCAUUGGACAGUGAGCUAAUGGAGAUGUUUCUCGUAGAGAAAGUGACGUCACUCACCAUUUCGGUUUAAGGAUGACUUCCAUCCCCGCUCUGCUCUCAGGGAGAUGUCAUGCUCCUCACGUCAUUCCAGUUUUCAGUGUUUUGUGUUGUAAAUAUAUCAGCUAUUAUCUGCUA